UGACAGUUUAUAGUAAUUCCAUUAAAUUAAAGCAGUUUUAAGGUUGUUAAUAUUUGAAAUUAUCCAUCCAAGUAGGUUGUAACAGUGCCAAAUGAGAUUCAAAAUAUCGCUGCAGAACAGCAAAAGACAUACGAAAUUAGUGACUUGUGUAGCUUGGAGUUCGACAGACGAAAUCUAUUCUUGCGGUGAAGAUCAUCAGUUAAUAUGUUGGCACUUGGAAGGAGGAAUGGUGAAUUCCUCAGUAGUUGCGGAAUUUCCUGCAGACUUUUAUCCAACAGACAUGCAAUGGCAUCCUCGACCAACUCAAACUGCAAUUGCUUCUUCCAAAAAACAAUCUUUGGACGUGCUUCUAAUAACUACAACCGAUGGAAAAUUUCACUUCGUAAGCAGAAAUGGUCGGAUAGAGAAAAGCGUUUCUGCUCAUGUGGGUGCAACUCUUGUAGGAAAAUGGAGCUCUGAUGGUUCGGCUCUUCACACAGCUGGAGAAGAUGGACUCAUCAAAAUUUGGUCCCGUAGUGGAAUGUUAAGGUCAACAGUAGUAAGAGGAACUUUACCAAUCGUAACAUCAGCUUGGAGUCCGAACUCUUCAGCGAUUCUUUAUUCGCAGGGACCCCAUCUCAUACUACAAUCACUCAGUUCAAACUCUAAGCCCCAAAAGUGGCUGGCUCACGAUGGUUUGAUACUCACGAUGGCAUGGAAUCAGUGUAAUUCUCUUAUAGUAAGCGGUGGAGAAGAUUGCCGAUACAAAGUUUGGAACUCUGCGGGCAUCCAACUUUAUACCAGCAAUGCCAAUGAACAUCCAAUAACGGCCGUAAGCUGGUGCAAUUCUGGAAAUUAUUUUGCAAUUGGUUCUUUCAAUACUAUCAAGCUCUGCGACAAGACUGGGUGGUCCCAUUCAUUGGAAAAAUUGAAUAUAGGCAGUGUGUUCAGCAUUGCUUGGUCUGGUGAUGGUACUCAGGUAGCCAUGGCUUGCGGAAAUGGAAAUGUUCUCACAGCUCAUAUAAUCGACAGGAGACUCGAGUGGAACAAUUACGAAGCAAAAUUAAUUCGUCGAAAAGCCAUAGAAGUGAAAGAAAUCGGUACAGAGUGUCACGAAAUUUUGGAAAUAGCUGAUCGAGUCGUGUUACUGGAAUUUGCAUUCGAUCACUUGGUCGUUAUUACUCCAAGUCAAUGUCACGUUUAUUCCACCUCAAACUGGAAUACUCCAGCGAUAUUUGAUUUAAGAAAUGGCUCUGUUUCUGCAGUUCUUCUAGCAGAAAAGCAUUUUCUAUUAGUCGAAUGGAACAUGUUGUCGCUAUACAGUUAUCAAGGUAGAACUCUUGGAACUCCAAAGUGGAAAGGAAUGACUCAAGAAAUGUUGCAUCCACUUUGCAUUUCCUUGUGUCCUGAUACUUUGGUCAUCAGGAAUCAAAGUAAUGAAAAAUUGCUGCACGUUCUGGAUGUUUCACACGCAAAACCAAUAACGGAACUUCAGUCAUACACGCAUCUUGAAAGUGUAAUACAACUUGCUUUGAAUCACGCCGGAGGAACUAAUAAUCGCCAGUUAGCAGUUAUCGAUGCCAACAGGGAUUUGUAUCUUGUUUCUGUAAGAUCCACUGGGUUUGGACGCGUUUGUAAAAUCGCUGUUAUGGCUCAAAGUGUCUGCUGGGCAACCGAUGCAAACGUUUUAGCUGCGAUGCUGGACGCAACUUUAUCUGUUUGGCUCUGCCCUAAUUGUGUUCAUUAUAGCGAUCGAAAAGCAAUUAGAAAAACGAGGAUUGACAAAGAAAACAGCGAGUAUGGAAAGCAGCCAAGCAUAGUGAGGGUUCAAAAUGGAAUGGUUACCGUAAGACGCGGCGAUGGAGCUUUAGUCGUUUCUUCUUUUUAUACUUUCUUCACGAGUUUGUAUAGACAUAUUUUGCAAAAUCGCUGGUCGGAAGCUCUUUCCCUUUGCCGAAUCGCACAGAAUGAAAUAUUGUGGACUUGUAUGGCAGUUAUUGCGAUAGACAAUAAAGAAUUGACAGUCGCAGAAGAAGCUUGUGCUGCUAUUGGUAGAUUCGAUAAAGUAGAAUAUAUUCGGCAUAUUAAGAAACUACCGACAAAAGCGGAAAUUUUAGCAGAAACAGCUUUACUUGCAGGCGAUUUAUUAGCUGCCGAGGGAAUUUUGCUUCAAAAUGGUCUAGUCAGUGAAGCGAUUCAAAUCAAUAUUCAAGUUUAUAAUUGGAACAGGGCACUAGAGCUUGCGAUCAAACAUAAAAAACAGCUGGAGGAAGUUUUAGCUGCACGCAAAAACUAUCUUCAAAUCAUCAAUAAAGAAGAAACGAAUCAAAGUUACCUCGCCUUGUUAUCUAACAUCUCAAGAACAAAUUCUAAGGAGAGCAGCAGAAAAGUUAGAGAAAACGAAGAGAGUGAGAAGGGAAAUAGUGCAUCAGUCGACAAAUCAUCUUCUUCCGCUUAAAAACAACUAUAAAUAAAUAAAUAGUUUAAAUAAUUAAAUAGAUGCAAUGUGUUGUUACUUCCUACUUGGAUUUUAAGUGUUCCACUUAAGAUAAUUUACAAAAAUAUAAUUAAUUUUAAUCUAACUUCGAGCUUACUUCAAUCACAGUCUGAUAACUAUCGCUAAAAUAAAAACGAUUGGUGUGAUCACAGCAACGAACAGAGCCA